CUGAAGUUUGAACUGCUGUGAUUUAUUUAGGUUAUUUGAAGCGCGGGUAUAAUAAAAUCAAUCAUAAUAUUAUCUAUUUCUGUACAAUCUUCCAAAAUGAGAUUUAUCAUAAAAAACUCAAGCACUGGCUGUGAACGUGUGGGGAUUUUAACGGAGUUCUUCAAAAAGACAUCAGCUGUGAUAGAAACUCCAACAGCGGCAUUACUUACUCAGGGUGGCAGUGUUGUACAUCUGACAGCAGAAGUAUUAUCCAAAGUGUGUCCUAAUCCACAUCUCUUGUGGGUGCCUUUAUCUAACUCUGUACAUUUAGAGCAUGGCUUGAAAGCACAGGGUGAAGGUGUAGCCAAGUUUGUAGGCUUACAAGAUCAUUUUACUUGUGUAACUUUACAAAAUAUGAAUGAAACAACACCCUCAGGACAUUUUGAGAAUGAUAAAGUACCUUUGUGGACAAAGCAUGGAAAGAAAAUGUUAACAGCUGACAGAUAUAUGGAUCUAAUGGAAGUGUUCAAACCAGACAUAAUUUUGGCGAUUGCAGAUGGUCGUACAUCACUCGCUGAGGGCUCCAAAAGAAUAUUCAAAUCCAUUGAAAGAACUGGCAAUAUGUUGCAUGUAUGUGUGAAGAGAUAUAAAGAAUCCAAAGAGCUGCAGAGCAGUUGUCUUGUAGGUGUUGUAGUUGGUGGUGGAGUACCAGAAAAAUGUGAUAUAAGUAUAGAACAUAUUCUGAAGCAUAAAGAUGUACUCGGUGGAGUAGCCAUUUCGGGCCUGACAGAUGGAAGUGAAGAGUUUUCAAUGGAUCAUUUGAAACCAUUGACAGAAAUAUUCAAGAGGGUUGGGGAUGCUAUUCCCAAAGAACUGUUGCAUGUUGUUGAAGGAUGUUGGAAUCCUGCUGUCAUACUAACUGCCGUGGAAUGUGGUUGGGAUUUGUUUGACGGUUCAUAUGCUGUUAAAUUGACAAACUUAGGCCAUGCGUUGACACUUAAUUUUGAUGUGACAAGUGAUACUAAUAAUCCUUACUUGCUUGACCUUAAUGAUGAAUGUUACAAAGACCAAUUUGUUCCAAUACUGGAUGGCUGCGAAUGUCUUGCUUGUAAAAAGCAUACUCGUGCAUAUAUCCGCCAUCUUCUUAACACAAAAGAAAUGUUGUCCUCUGUCUUACUAAGCAUACAUAAUUUACAUCAUUUCGACCAGAUGUUCUACCAUGCUCGUCAACACAUUCUCUCCAACACAUUUAAUGUUUACAAGAAACAUAUUAUCAAACAAUAUGAAUCAUAUAAGAACUUGCAAGUAAACUCUGAGUCUAUCAACUCAGUGAAACAAAGUCCUCAUGUCAAGAAAUCUAGAUUAAAUGAAGAAGUAAGCAAUUAUACAUAUACAAAUAGUAAUUAUAGUACCUAA